AUGAAUAAAAAAAAGUCUAAUCCAUCACUAAAAAUUCAAAAUAACCCUGAGGACCAAAAUCUUAUAGUUCCAGUUUACGUUGAUCAGAAAUUUGAAUUCUCAGAUGAGAUAAAAAAUGUCAAUGAUGUCUACGCAUUCCAACAUUUUGUUAAAAUUCUUUGCCAGAAUAUUAGUAAUUUUGAUAAACAAAGAGGUAAGGACAACAUCCAAUAUUCUUUGUAUAUUACGAGUAAGACUUUUUUGGAUUCUAAAUACAACUACUUGACGAAUUUAUGGACAAACAUGAAAUAUUUCAACAUCAACAUCUUAUUCAUCUUGGUUAAGAAUCAUGAGCAUGUAUCCCACAUGGAGGAGCUUUUUGGUAAUGUUAUUAUCACAAUUGAUCUGAUAUAUGAUUUAACAUUUAGAUACCAAUUGGAUAACAUUCAAGAAUUUACAACUAUCUUUCGAAAAUUUAAUCUACAAACUUUUCUCAACAUUUGUGAAAAUCACAAAAAUGCUACUAUUUAUGAUAAAACAUCUUUAAAUUCAUAUUUCAAUGUUAAGAAUAUCAAGGUUAAAAAGAGGACUUUAAUGGAAUAUCAGACCAAAUUAACACAAGAAGAAAUCGACAUCCUAAUUUUUAGAUAUCUGAAAGCUGGGAAAUAUAUUAGGAAAUGGAAACUAAGAGGUGGGUUUAAACCAAAAAAUUACAUUAAUCAAAAAAAAUAUUUCAACGCCCAGACACUUGGAAUGAUCGAAGAUACUGUCAAGAAAUUUUCGAUUAUACUUGCAAGUGUGAGCGACAAUUUUUCUUCCACAAUCUGA